AUGUUCCAUCAAGCACCAGUCCCCUUUCUGCUCAAGAGCACUCCCCGGGCGACAUCUGGUCAUGCCUUGGCCAUUCUGCUGGACAAGGCAGGAUAUUCCCGCCAAUCGCAGUAUCAUCAUUUGAAGUUCGUCCUGGAAAUCACUCCUAGUCUGGGUCCGUCUCCAAUCUCCACGCAACAGCAAUGGAAAAGCUUCAUGACAGAUGAUCACAAUCCCAUAGAGCUAAGCUGGGACUGGAGGACGGGUGACAAGCCUCCCAAGAUCAGAUUUUCCAUCGAACCGAUUGGACUUGAUGCGGGGACAAGCCUAGAUCCAUACAACCAGUUCAUGGUCUCAAAGUUCCCAGAGACCUUAGUUCGGUUACUACCCCAAACCAACAUUGAGUGGUUGAGUUACUUCCAACAGCAGCUUAAUGGAGAAGAGGCCAAGGGCUCGGUAGAAGGCCACUCGACCACGGUAUUCUAUGCCUUUGACCUCGACCACGGUGCCAUCGUGAGCAAGGCCUACUUCUUUCCUGGAUUCAAGGCAAAAGCAAACAAGCGCACGAACUUCCAAGUUAUUCAAGAGACAAUUCAGGGUGCACCAGGCAAUACGCCAGACAACCUUCGAGCUCUCGUGAAGUUUCAGAGAUACGUUGACGACCCAACGAGUCCACCACUAGAGAUGGACAUGCUGGCCAUAGACUUGGUGGACCCCAGCGAGUCUCGUUUCAAGAUCUAUUUUCGAACAAGAGAUACGAGUUUUGCCUCUAUCAGGCAUACUAUGACGUUGGGUGAUCGUGUCCAACAGCCUGGAAUAGAACAGGGUCUGGAGGAUUUGCGCAGGCUGUACUAUGCAUUAUUCGGAAGCGAGGAAGCAGAGGACGCUGCAGAAGAUGAGGAGCUUCCAACCAAUGAUCACCGAACGGCUGGUAUACUCUACAAUGUCGAAUUCAAGUACGGAAGCAGCAGUCCCAAAGUCAAGGCUUAUUUGCCCGUCCGGCACUAUGCGCGAAAUGAGGCAGCCGUCAUCUCCGCCUUGAGUACCCACUCAUGCAGGACCGGCCCGUUUGCCAAAAAUAACAUGUCCAACUACAAGGAUGCUAUGGAGUCAAUAUUGUGA